AGGCAUGGCGGCGCUUCCGCGGGAGGGUUUCUGAUAAAAUCUGGGGCGCUGCCGAUUUGAGAUUCACUGCCCGCCGGAAGCCGCCUGAAACAUGGGUAAAGCUUCAAGAGAUAAGAGAGAUAUCUACUAUCGGAAAGCGAAAGAAGAAGGAUGGCGAGCCAGAAGCGCCUUCAAGCUUCUUCAGAUUGAUGAGGAAUUCAACAUAUUUGAAGGAGUCAAGCGUGUGGUGGAUUUAUGUGCAGCUCCUGGAAGCUGGAGUCAGGUUUUGAGUCGCAAAUUAUAUCUCCCAGCAAAGCAGUCAUCUGAUUCAAAGAAUGGUGAGCUUCCUCUUAUUGUAGCCAUUGACCUGCAGCCAAUGGCCCCAAUUGAAGGUGUAAUCCAAGUUCAGGGUGAUAUAACUAAUGCUCGAACUGCUGAAGUGGUCAUUAGACAUUUUGAUGGCUGUAAGGCUGACCUUGUUGUCUGUGAUGGUGCUCCUGAUGUUACUGGUCUUCAUGACAUGGAUGAAUUUGUUCAAUCCCAGCUGAUUUUAGCUGGCUUAACAAUUGUCACUCAUGUACUUAGAGAAGGUGGAAAAUUUAUUGCAAAGAUAUUUCGUGGAAAAGAUACUAGUCUCCUGUACUGCCAGCUGAAAUUAUUUUUCCCCGUAGUGACUUUUGCAAAACCAAAAAGCAGCCGUAAUUCUAGCAUAGAGGCAUUUGCAGUAUGUGAAAAUUAUUCCCCUCCUGAAGGAUUUAAUCCAAAAGACUUGCAUCACCUCCUUGAAAAAGUAGGAAGUCCCUCAGGUGCAGAUGAUCUUGAUUGCAGUAGUGGGUGGUUGGAAGGGCCAAAUAAGGUGUAUAUCCCAUUUCUAGCCUGCGGGGACCUCAGUGGGUAUGACUCGGACCGUUCAUACCCACUACCAAAAGACGCUGACGGAACUUAUCAAAGCUUGGACCCCGUCCAGCCUCCUAUUGCCCCUCCUUACAAGAGAGCUCUUGAACUGAAGAAGGCUUCCAGUCACGGAAUCCGAGAGCUGGAAAAGCUAUCCUUGGAUUCUUGAUUACACACAUUUCCUUGUACCUUUAAUACAAGCACCAACCAUCUCGAGAAUCAAUUAAUUUAGUACAAUCAAGUUAUUUUUGGAGGGAAGAUGGAGUCAUGGUGGCCUACUUGUCUUCCAGGAAAAUGAUUCCCUGGACCAGGAGGAAAUUUUUUAGGUUCCAUAAAGAAUUUGUGUAAGUAAAUUAUCACAUUUGUAAUAGCCAGAUAUUGUUGACAUUCAAUUUGAUAAUCAAUAGUCUCAGAAAUU